CCUGGCGUACGUUUCUGGGGUGUGCAGGUGGUGCAGGAUGUAGUGCAGUCCCAUGUUGACCGCAUCAUCCACUGACCUGUUUGCCCGGUAGGCAAACUGGAGGGGGUCAAGCAGGGGGCCCGUGACAUCCUUCAGGUGGUUCAACACUAACCUCUCGAAAGAUUUCAUGACCACAGAUGUCAGUGCGAUAGGUCUAUAGUCAUUCAAUCAGUCUGCUUUGAGUUCACAGGGAGCCAGCCUCUUUAUUCACUGUACAUAGUCUGCUCUCUAGCGGUAAAAGACGUGAACUACAAUGCAAUGGAUGACGCCACACAAUAUAGGUUUGAAACUCGGGUUAUAGUUUCAAUGUCGGAGUUUAAACUCGGCUUGUAGUUUCCGAAUGCCAUACGUAAUGGGUGUUGUCAAAAUCUUCUUUAACAAUUGAAGUGGAAAAAAAAAAGCUUACAGCACCUGGUAUUCCCAGGCGGUCUCCCAAGAAGCUCCUCAAGAUAGGUGUUUGUUGCGGGUUGAGUGUCGCAGCGGAGUUUCACCGCUCGCAAAACAUACCGGAGGAUAUCAUCAGGCGCCCCGGCUCCCCUUGGAUCACCAUCCCCGCUGGGAGGAAGCGAAGGCAGCGCAGAGAGAGGAGGCAGAAACGAGGCUGCAGGGCCGGCGCGCUAACCAGGCUACGGAAGCGGCCGUUCAAACCACCGCUCCCUAGCCUGUUUCUUACCAACGCCAGGUCUCUUGCUUACAAGAUGGAUGAACUAAGGCUACAGAUGUCUGCGAACCAGACCGUGAAGGACUGCUGCAUGGUACUGAUCACCGAAACCUGGCUUCAUCCACUCAUACCGGACUCUGCUAUCGAGCUAGCAGGCUACACCACACAGCGUCAUGACAGGACUGAGAACUCCGGAAAGAGCAAGGGGGAGGGGGGGCUCUGUAUGUACGUCAAUAACAACUGGUGUACUAAUAUGGUGACUGUAGACAGUCACUGCUGCCCGGACCUGGAGUAUGUGACUAUUAAAUGCAGGCCCUUUUACUUCCCUCAUGAAUUUACCGUAGUCAUGACGACUGUUGUUUACAUACCUCCGGAUGCUAAUGCUAAGAUAGCUAUUGGACUAUUACAUGGCAGUAUUAGCAGCCAGCUGAGCAGUUAUCCUGACGCAGUCCACAUCAUGGCAGGGGACUUUAAUCAUGCAGAUUUGAAAGCAGCACUCCCUAGUCUCCACCAGCAUGUUUGCCUGCACGCAUGCACACACGCACACACAAUACAACUAAAUUGUUUAAAAAAAAAAACAAUCGAAUGAAACGUAUUCGCUAACAAGGAAAUCAGCUAAAACGGCUAGCUGGUCUACAUUUACAAACUUUACGCUAUGCCGCCAUCCAAAAAAAAUGAGGGCUAUGAUGAACUUAAAUCAUCUAUUGACUUGAUAAGGCAAGACAUUACCACACUCUUAGAGCAGCAAGCCACCCUGCUCCAGCUAACGUCUGAACUAACGGAGCUUAAGAAAGCGUCCAAAGAGAAAGAUGAAAAAAUCCUGUCGCUUGAACGGAGAGUUGAUGCUCUGGAGCAGUAUUCCCGGCAAGAAGACCUCAUAAUCUCUGGUCUUAAAACAUCACACCGCUCCUAUGCCAGGGCGGCGGGUCCUCCGGAUCUCUCGACAGAUGACUCUCCUUCGGACGAACUGUCAACGCUCGAAAAUCAGGUGGUACAGUUCUUCAAGAGUAGGCAUAUGGAACUCCAGAAAGGAAACAUUACCGCUUGUCACACACUCCCAAGAAAUCAAAAACGACCAAAAGAUGCUCCGAAAAUUAUUAUCCGAUUCAUCAAUAGGAAACAUAAAGUGGAUCUUCUGAAGCAAUGGAGGAAACUACAGGGAACGGGUGUUUACCUAAAUGAGCACCUCACUAAGAAGAAUGCUGAGAUAGCCUGGAACGCACGCAAACUGAAGAAGGAAAACAAGAUUCUCGCAACGUGGGUCAGAAAUUGCAAGGUAUGGAUUAAAACGAACGGAGCAACACCAGAAGAUGUCAAAACUCUCGUUGUGAGUGAACUGGAGGAACUGAAGAAAUAUGGCCUGGUGGUGGGGGAACCUAACAUCUACAAUGGCUGAAUUGAUGACCAUUAUCUGGUACCUAUGGACCCUCCGGACGAGAAUGGUGGAUUACAGCGGAGUACAAUAUGGCAAACAGAGACUGGCAGGGAGGACAUCCAUCUCAGAGGACUGCUCAGUUGAAGGCAUCCUCCCUUGCUACAGGGAAAUGUGCAACAGCCAGCAAAGAUGCCACAUUGAGCUUUUGAAGGACCAGUCCUGCCCUGCCACCUACAAAUAUCUGCAGAUGGUCUCUAGCUGUGAACAGAAAGUCUGUCUCGAUAGUCUGGGCAUCGCCGACGGCAGCGUUGCAGACUCUUCCUUCAAAGCCUCCUCCAUGAAAGACGCCACCCCAGAAAAAGCCCGCCUCAACAGGGAGUCCUGCUGGAAGCCGUCAAGAAAUUCUGUCGGCAGCUGGAUCCUGGUGAACCUCGGCUACAAGAGAAAGGUGACGGCGAUCGUGACCCAGGGGUGUAAUAGCAACAAUACUCGCUCCUGGGACAUCAAACUUGAUAUGAGACUGAGCGUUGACAGGAGGAAGUGGACCAAACACCCGGACGGUAAGUUCAUCGGCGGUGGGACUCAUCUGCUUGAGACGCCCGCAAUCACUCAGUACGUCUCUAUCCUGCCGCUAGAAAAUUGUCCAGAAUUUGGCCUCCGCUUCGACAUCUUGGGAUGCGCACAUGAGGGUUCUACUGUCCGCCCGGGUGUGACAAAGAGGAACACUUUGUCUUCGGAACGAUGGUCUACUCUGCGGUACGGGAUUGCCUGACCCCACCGGUGGACUUCUUGUCUGUGACUGCAACUAUGUGUAAAUGCAGGACUCGCACAUCUGCGCGGCUCUUUGGUCCGGAGGACACGACGUCCAGUGUUUCCAAAGACAAUUUGAAAAGUGGACUCAUCAGACCACAAAAGACUUUUCCAUUGUGCUUCAGUCUAUUUUACAUGAGCUCAAGCCCAGAGAACCCGGCGGCGUUUCUGGAUGUUGUUCAUAAACGGAUUUUGGUUUGCAUGGUAGAGUGUUAACCCGCACUUACUGAUGUAGUGACGAACUGUAUUGACUGACAGUGGUUUUCUGAAGUUUUCCUGAGCCCAUUUGGUGAUAUCCUUUACACACUCAUGUCGGUUUUGAAGGCAGUGCGGUCUGAGGGAUCGAAGGUCACGGUCAUUCAGUCUUGGUUUCCGGCCGUGUCGCUUACGUGCAGUGAUUACACCAGAUUCUCUGAACUUUUUGAAGAUAUUAUGGACCGGAGAUGUUGAAAUCCCUGAAUUCCUUGCAAUGUUGCUUUGAGAAAUGUUGUUCUUAAACUGUUCAACUAUUUUCUCACGCAGUUGUGGACAAGGUGGUGAACCUCGCCCCAUCCAUGCUUGUGAAUGACUGAGCAUGUUUGGGGAGGCUCCUUUUAUACCCAAUCAUGGUACCCACCUGUUCCCAAUUAGCCUGAUCACAUGUGGGAUGUUCCAAAUAGGUGUUUGAUGAGCUUUUCUCAGCUUUCUCAGUAUUUUUCUGUCACCUUUCCCAACUUCUACUGUACGUGUCGCAGCCAUGAAAUUCUAAGUUCAUUAUUAUUUGGCAAAAAACAAUUAAGUUUAUAAGUUUGAACAUUAAAUAUCUUGUAUUUGUAGUGUAUUCAAUUGAAUAUGGGUUGAGAAGGAUUUUCAAAUCGUUGUAGUUUGUUUUUAAAGUCUCGUCAAGUCCCAAUGACCGUCACACGUGGUGAAAUUUGUCCUUUGCAUUUAACCCAUCCCGAAGUGAUCUUGAUCCAUCCCCUGGGGGAAAAGGGAGCAGUGAGCAGCAGCGAUGCCGCGCUCUGGAAUCAUUUGGUGAUCUAACCCCCCAAUUCCAACCCUUAAUGCAGCAGCGAUGCCGCGCUCGGGAAUCAUUUGGUGAUCUAACCCCCCAAUUCCAACCCUUAAUGCUGAGUGCCAAGCAGAGAGGUAAUGGGUCCCAUUUUUAUAGUCUUUGGUAUGAACCGGCCAGGGUUUGAACCCACAACCUUCCAGUCUCAGGGCGGACACUCUACCCCGAGGACACUGAGCUGAGUUUUAAUGUUGCCAUAGUUGGAACCCACAACCUUCCAGUUUCAGGGUGGACACUACCACUAGGCCACUGACCUGGUUAUCUAUAUUUUACACAAUUUCCCAACUUUAAUCAAAUAAGGUUUGUAAAAUGUAGAAAAAUCCAAUUCUUUGAGUAAAUCCAAGUUAAUCCAAGCUCGCGAUCUUGCGUCUAACACUAAGAGUCCAGGAGCUGAAAAAACUCAGAUUACUCGAACACCCACAUGCUCCUGGAAAAGUUUUCUGUGGGAAGCAGCCCUCAACUGUCCCGAGCUGGCACUCUUAUAGACAGUUGGCCUCCCGCCACUCGCCAGGCAUCCCCUCACUGGCACGUGAGGUGCCCUCACGGAAAUUUUGGGAAUGUUACUUGAGAAUUGCAACCGCAGCGAUUGUGAGAUUUGCUUUUUCAGCUCAUUCCCUCCCAUGUAAACUGGAAUCUGCUGCUGGUUUCAGUGGCCUUCGAGAAGGACUGCUAACAGCUGGACUUUUUCUGCACAUACUGCGAAAGACUCUUAGCGCCCCUGGCCGUUACUUCCUUUUUUCCCCCAAUUAUUCCACCGGGUUGUCACAAACAACACAUGUGACCUUUCCCCUACAUUCAAUGAAUGAAACACCUUUCAAAUUUGAAUACAUACAUUUUAAGAAUAUAACUUCAAUAAUCCAUAAAUGUAAAUCAUCGUUGGUUUCACACGACAUCUCUGAUCUGAACAGAUUGUACUUAACUCUUAACAAAUCAUCACUGUGGAAUAACCAUACUGAUUUAACAUUUAUAACAAAUCAUUACUGUUGAAAAACAAUACUGAUUUAACAUUCUUAACAAAUCAUCACUGUUGAAUAAACAUACUGAUUUAACAUUUUUAAUAAAUCAUCAUUGUUGAUUAACCAUACUGGUUUAACAUUUUUAAAAGUUAAAGUUAAAGUCCCAAUGAUCAUCCCACACAUAUCUGGGUGUAGUGAAAUUUGUCCUCUGCAUUUCACCCAUCCCCAUGUGAUUUUGAUCCAUCCCCUGGGGGAGAGGGGAGCAGUGAGCAGCAGCGGUGCCGCGCUCGGGAAUCAUUUGGUGAUCUAACUCCCCAAUUCCAACCCUUAAUGCUGAGUGGCAAGCAGGGAGGCAAUGGGUCCCAUUUUUAUAGUCUUUGGUAUGACCCGGUCGGGGUUUGAAACCACGACCUUCCAGUCUCAGGUCGGACACUACCACUAGGCCACUGAGCUGGUUAACAAAUAGUUGUUGAAUAAUCAUACUGAUUUUACAUUUCUAACAAAACUGUUGAAUAACCAUACUGAUUUAACAUUUUUAACAAAUCAUCAUUGUUGAAUAACCAUACUGAUUUGACAUUUUUAACAAAUCAUCACUUAUUAAAACAAGAAUAAUUUCUCAUUACACACAACCAUAACUAACCUGUGGUUGUGGGCAUUCCUACUUUGACAUUCGGCAGUAUAACAAGCUGUCACUGAAUAUAUUUGAGCUAAGCAACUAAAUAAUACAAAAGGUCUGAACUUGUGAAUCUCUAUCUAUGCCACUCAGAACAGGCAUCGUCAAGGUUUCUGGCACCACCCUGUGGUUGGACUUUGCAAUUGCAGCCAGGGCCAUUUUUCUGGGAACAAUCCAUCUAUCGCCCCUCUUGGUCACGCAACCCGACACUUCUGAUUAGAGUUCCUCAGUUGGCAUAAGGACGAUGUAUACAUUUUACCCUCCCUUUUAAAAAAAUCUAAAUUGGGUAGUUGUUUUCACCAUUUAUUUUUUGUGAGUAUGGUAUUUAUCCUUGACAAUUAGGAUAUUAACUAGCAAUGAAAUGUCUUUGGUAAGUUUAGAUUUGUUUGAAAGAAUGUCUUCGAUUGUGAAUUGUUCCAGGCCAUCAAUUUUGUUACUCAACCAACUGCGUACCUCCUUCCAAAACUGAUUUUAUAUACUGCAAAGAGAAAACAAGUGUUCCAUUUUUUCUGUUUUCUUUACAUAAUUCACACAAAUCAAGCUCAAAACCAAAUCCACCCCUCAAAUUAUUGAGGAUCUUAAAUUGCAUAUCUUUGACUUUCGGUGUUUCAAGAUUCAAGAAUUCAAGAAAUGUUUUGUAUGUAUUGUUUGAUUUAUUAUUUGAAUAUUUAGUAUUUGACUUUUUGAUUAUAAUCAGAAUAUUUUACCUUUAAUAGUUUGUGUAUUUGACCUUUUGUAUUUGUUAUCACAGUUUAUGUCUGUAAUGUUCAACUUCCCAAUUCUUAAGGUUGGAAGAUUUAUUUGGACAUUAGAAAAAAUACAAUACAAUUAAAAUGUGUUUCUCAGAUCCUGCAA